AUGGCGCAAAACAAUAUCAUACAAAAUAGAGUUCAAGAUGCAGCAGCAUUUGAAGAAGAGAAAAAUCGUUUUUUCUCAAUUUGUCGUUCGGGAAAUAUAUUCGAGUUCAUGGAAUCCGUACCCUUUCUUAGCAAUGUUGGACAUUUGGUUCAUGAGUACGACCAUCAUGGAAGAUUAUGCACCCACAUGGUGGCGAGAUUUGACCUCAACAAUGCAGUAAUGAAAAUCGAGCUGCUUCUGAAUAUGGGCGCAGAUGUCUCCGCAAGAGAGUCUUUAACUGGAGAUUCGUUGCUGCACAUCGCUGUUAGCUCAAAAAACUAUGAACUAGCUGAGUGGCUGUGCCGAGACUUGAAAGCUAAUUUGAUCGCUAUCAAUUAUGCUCAUCUGACUCCGUAUCACCUGGCGUACUUUUUCCGUGACCAAAGAAUGAUGGAGAUUCUCAAAUCCAAUGGAGCCGUUUGUGACGAUCCUGUUACUAGUGGCGGUUCAGGUGGAUUCUAA